CCCCUUUGAACAGUUACGUUCAGAAAAUUAGUGGGAACUAUUCUAGGACACAUCCAGUUAGGAAGCAAUAAGUGGUAGGCAGGUACAACUGGUUUGCCAGGUUCUCUUAACUUUCUGCUGAGCUGAAGACCACUUGCUUUGUGGAGAAUGUCUAAAAUGAAAAAUCCUGGGACAUUUGAGGAGCAAACAGAAUACAUCAUGAAUGCUCUACUCAAAGACUUGUUGACCCCAACAUCCCAGGCUGCUUUCAGGAACCUACCCGAUGCAGACGAACCAUGUUCAGGAGAGGAUUGCUCUUUUGAUGUGGCUAUCAUUGCUGGCCGCCUUCGAAUGCUUGGUGACCAGUUCAAUGGAGAGCUGGAAGCUCCUGCCAAUAGAAUCAUUGCGGAAACCAUUCGAGGACAGGCAGGAACUAUACUCAAGGACACAGUACAGUCUCUCAGCACAACCUGGUGUACUCAGGAUCCUACCUUAGCUUUUGAAAGAGCCUUUUUGGCAGUGUCAGUAAAACUUCUUGGAUAUGUGGUCCGUAAGGCUCCAAAAAUAGCAACACAAGUGGCUACCUGCAUAACGGGCCUGAUCAACGGGAACCCAGCCAUCCGAGGGUUUAUCCAGGACCAGGGAGGAUGGGAAAACCUGGAGAGCUGAAGAAGAGAGGUUAUCCCUGACUGAACAUCACUUCCUCUGACAGAUUGGGUGGGUGACUGAUUUCUGACAAUUAAAACAUGCUCUUUUCAAUU